AUGUGCGAUGAGGAUUUAUUUACUAUUUCCUUAGGAACAUUCCUUAACUCACGGUGGUUUUUCCUUGGUUCUAAUGGUGGGGUUUGCGGGUGCAAUAGCAGUUGGGAGUUUGGGUUGGUGAUUGUGUUUUUCGUUUGGCUAGGCCACAUUGAUAUUAUUCUGUUGUUAGGCUUUAAUAGUUCAGCAGAGCCCGUUGAUUUGGAACAGCGCGAGGCUCGAAUUUCACAAGAAGCCAUGGAGGCCCACCGUCAAAUUAUGACACAAAGGAAUGGGGUACCCACCCAAGCGGGUCAGCUGGAGGCUUCGCGCCCCCGACCGGAGUCCGAUUUUUAUUGCACAUCAGUUCCCGAUAGAUAA